AGAAUCAACAAAAACGCCUUGGGAGGCUCAGGGAUGCUCUGGCAGGUGGGUGUAUAUAAGGCCGUCUUCAGCAGGUCUGGCAGCAUCCUUCGUCAAACCAUCCGACCAUCAACAUGAAGUUCGUGAUCCUUGCCUGCCUGGCCGCUGUCAGCGUGGCCUCUCCCCAGUUCGGCCGACAACCGUUCCGGCCCCCCCCCUCACAGUUCCGGACCCCCAUCCCUAGCAAGGAUUCCCGACACAUCGCAAUCAUCAGCGACAAUCGUCACGAUCAGGGAGACGGCAACUUCGCCUACGACUUCGAGGCGGAAAACGGCAUUAAGGUCAACGCUGUCGGUCGUCCCGGGUCAGCUGGACAAAGUAACAUCGAGGGCGCUUACAGGUUCCAAACUGACGAAGGAGAAGUAGUCGAGGUCCGCUACGUCGCUGAUGAGAACGGCUACCGCGCCGAGUCCCCACACAUCCCCACCCCUCACCCCCUCCCCGCCCACGCCAUCGAGCAGAUCCGCUUCGCCGAAGCCAACAGAGAUCGCUCUAUCCCAACCCCAGCUGGUCGCAGGCGGCCGUUCUAAAUCACCCUUCCCCCCCAUGACCUCCAAAGACCUCCCUUAACCUCCAUCACCACCCCCGCACUACCAGUAGCGGCAUCACCCUCUCCCCAGAAACAAUUAACUUCUCCUGCAGGAUGUCCCCGUCUCUCACCCUCCAGUACUGACUGCUCUCAAGGAUACUUGAAGACCCAGCUUCCUCACACACUCACACACAAGGAUCGAAGGUUAAAGGGCACCAGGCUGCCCAACGACAUCACUCAGACGUCACGAACACGUCGCCUGUAACCUACAUGCAACGACUAAUAUUAAACAUCACGCAUUA